AUGUUCAACGAGCAACAAUGGCUUCCAACCUCGGAGCUUAAAGAAAAACUUUCAACACCUCGCAAUACUCGCAUCGUUAUCAACCAUGAAGGACACUCAAAGGUGUCUCUUACCCGUACUCACCAGACCACUCUCGACCCAGCUACCCAGCUCUCCAAAGAAGUAAUCGCACAUCUGGAGGACUCAAAGCCAGCAGGAAUACAUAUCAGAAACCUAGGCUAUUUCUUUGACUUCAUACCUUCUCGACUAGGGUUGAGCAAAGCACUUGAUGAUUCAGUAAGAUGUAUUCUGACAGCAUACACGGCCUUGCUCCGACGAGACGCAGUGGUGCUGAGGCAGGAUCGUGAAGAGUAUUAUCAAGCUGUGAAAAGUUUGAGGAUUGCCUGUGCGGAUGAGAAAGAGGCGUUGAGUGACGAGACGCUUUGUGCUGCUGUGUUGCUUUCUUGGUAUGAGGUAUUGGCUGAUAAUCUGGAUGAAUCUUGGUUCACUCAUAUCAGUGGUACGUCUCAUAUCAUCAAGCUUCGAGGUCCAGCACGCCACCGCUCGGGAUUUGGAUUGGCACUACUCAAAGCCCAAGAAGGUCUUAUAUCCGGUGAAGCAAUGGCGACCUUCCAACCUUGUUUCCUGGACGAUCCUGCAUGGUGCGAAAUCCUCGAUGACCAGAACAUGGUCGUAGGUCUGCCACAGACAGCACCACUUACCGUCUCGAACAAGAUUCUCGCUCAACUAUCCACCCUGCUACUUGAGGCGAGGAAGCUGCACAAUCUAAGCCAGAAAGGAAUUCGAGAGAUCAUCAAGCAGCUUUGGGGAUUGAGGCGGACGAUUAAGACAGCACUGGAUCAAGUCACGGAAAUGGCAGAGAAAGACGAGGAAGAAUUUGCGCCAAUCAUAUGCUGCAAGGAUAGCAUAUAUCUCAUCCUCCUCGAUACAACGAUACUCAAAGUUCUUGGAUUCUCCGACAGUAAAGAUCCUCAACUCCCAGAGACUGUGCAAGAACUACAGGAUCUUUCUCUACCUCCACAGACUUUCACGGACGUCGAACUAUUCAAGCAAGCAAUAGACAGCCAGAUCUAUCAGAACUUCAACACGUUUCUCUCCAAUCUAGCACUUGCUAGCAAAGUAACGCCAUUCAUCAUGAGGAAGAUGGCAUUUAUGUGCAGAAUCAUGUGCGUUGAGAGGGGAAAACGAGAAGAAAAUCCUCAUCCCAUAUGGGCACGGUAUAAGAGAGCGAUCUCAGGAGUCAACGAGCCGGACUGGCUUUCGAGGAUCAUUGCUUCCUUCAAGCCUAUACUACCACCCGCAAACAAAUCGUCGGGUUAUCAGUGA